CACUACCAAAGAACAUGCAUGCAGUCUCCUGCCUUAUACCCUGGACAAUUGUGGUACAACGCAGGUUGCCACAGCAACGCGGACUGUCCUGAUCCCAACAGCCGAUGCAUCUCCAGUACAUGUUUGUGUAUUCCAGGAUUUGUAUUCUUGGAAACCGAUACCACGUGUCAUGCUGCAGGGUCAUGUCUAGACUGGAAGAAAACAGGAGGCAAGUCAGGUUCCUACUUCAUUCAACUGCCAGGAAAGAAGGAGCAGCUAAGAGUCUGGUGUGACAUGGACUCUGACAAUGGCGGCUGGCUGGUUUUCCAGAGACGUCGUGACGGGUCCAUGGACUUCAAUAGGAACUGGGUGGAAUAUGAAAAAGGCUUUGGUGACAUCACCGGGGAGUUUUGGCUGGGUUUAUCGAAUCUUCACGAGCUGACCAAAGGAAGACCACACCGACUGCGUAUUGAGAUUGGGCUACAGAAUGGUAAUCGUUCCUAUGCUAACUACGCAAUAUUCAGGGUGGACGGUCCUGAGACGAGCUACAGACUACACGUGUCCAACUACUCGGGUAAUGCAGAAGACAGUUUAACUCGUCACAACUCAAUGAAGUUCUCAACCUAAUGACCGAGACAAUGAUGCUACAUCUCAAUACCACUGUGCUCGAGAUUACAACGGUGGCUGGUGGUUCUUGUAUUGCCAUCCCUCUAACCUCAACGGCAUCUAUGGGGAAAUAGUUUGGAAAGGCAUCACUUGGAACAACAAAGCUGACUUCACAUUCACCGAGAUGAAACUCAAAGAAGUGUGACAAGGCGCCAUCUGCCUCUAGGUGGUGAUGAUCAUUGCCUUUUUUGUCGCCAUCAAUGUAUUCAAUGACAUUACAACGGGCACACCUGAGUUUAACAGUGUUUGCCAGUCCGCUCCAGACACUAUAAUACGUUCUCUGUACAAUGAUGUGCGCGUGUAGUGUCAUAAAUAAAGA